GUGGGCGGUGUCUGCUGCCGAGUGCCCCGUUUCCAAUCCGGUUCCUGGCAGCGCCGCACGAGCGAUUCCUCCCAUAUUGCCUUAUUGGAUUCAAAUACGAAUUGCGGGAGAGAUCAGGAUCCCCUCCGCGCACGGAAUAAAUACGCAUAGAAGAUCAGAGGGGAAGAUAUAUCGAGGAUAAGAGCAGGAAAACAUAGGCGUCAGUGCGCCAUGGCGAUGCUGAACCUGAACCAGCUGGUGUCAUUGCAGCGGCAGCGGCAGCGGCGCCGGCAACGGCAUCGGCGUAUUCGCCAAAUCCAAGCCCGUGAUGGACCAAUUUCUUCACGGGCGAAACGUAAGGGCUCACCUUGUCAAAAUGAUGAUAACUCUCUGGAUGGUCAAAUAAAGGGGUACUCAGGACCAAAUCUUCCAGAGGACAUCUGGUGUCAUAUACAUUCCCUAAUGCCAAUGCGAGAUGCUGCCCAAGCUGCCUGUGUGUCUCGAGCAUUUUUAGGUUCCUGGAGAUGCUAUCCCAACCUCGCUUUUACUGUGGAGACUUUGGGCUUAAAUGAAAAUGCAUGCGGAAAUGAUAAAAAAUCAAGAGAUUUUGCCAGUACAGUUCAUCACAUUCUGAAAAAACACUCUGGCAUUGGCGUGAAGACAUUCAAACUCAAUGUUUACAAUAAGCACGAGGUUUUUUUGAAAACUAAUAAGCAAGAGAUUUGUCUUGUUGAUCUCGAGAAUUGGCUUCAGAUUGCCAUUAAACCAGGGAUUGAAGAACUGGACCUUUCUCUGUCUGAAAGAAGUGCAAUGUAUAACUUCCCAUGCUCACUUUUAUCUGAUGGAAUUGGAGACUCACUUCGAUACCUUCACCUUUCCAGCUGUAACUUUCAUCCCACGGUCAGACUUGGUUGCUUGAGAAGCUUGACAAGACUCGCGCUGUGUUCAGUGCGUAUCACUGGGGACGAGUUAGAAUGUCUACUGUCCAGUUCUUUUGCUUUGGAGUGGUUGGAACUCAAGCUUUGCAGUGGAAUUAUUUGCCUGAAAAUACCUUGCCUGCAGCAGCUUAGCCACUUGGAGGUGAUAACUUGCUCCAGGUUGCAUGUGGUAGAGAGCAAAGCUCCGAAUCUAUCGAGUUUUCGCUUUGCUGGUGACCUCAAUAUACAACUCUCGCUUCUGGGAACAUCACGAAUUAAGAAAUAUGAAAGAUUCUGUUCUGGUACUGUCUUUUAUGCUCGUACUGAGCUUCCAUCUAGCAUGGCAAAUCUCGAAACUCUUUCCAUAUAUUCUGAAGUUGAGACAGUCAAUACGCCAAUGGUGCCUAGCAAGUUCCUUCACCUCAAGUUUUUGACUAUUACUCUUGGUGGACAGACAUAUGACGUUUUUUCUCUGGUUUCUUUCUUUUAUGCUUCUCCUUCCCUGGAGACUUUCAUCUUGAAUGUGCGCCCGGAGGAAUCAAUGGAGCGUAUCUCACUUCUUGAAGAUCCCUCAAAUCUAAGGAAGAUAUCAGAGCACCGCCACAACAAGCUCAAGCGUGUGUGGAUGAUCAAUUUCUCUUCUAUAAAGACCUUGGUUGAGUUGACAUGUCAUAUUCUUGAUUCUACAACGUCACUCGAGUGCCUUACAAUGGACACCACUCAUGGUGCGCCUAGAUGUUCAUGUUCUGUCAACAAAUCUGGAAAAUGCUUGCCAAUGCGCAGGAAUGCACUUAUGGAAGCCCAUAGAGCACUCUUGGCUAUCCAAACGUACAUAAAGCCGAAAGUUCCCUCCACAGUCGAGUUAAAUGUUUUGGAGCCCUGCAGCCGGUGUCACCUGCUUGAGGUUUAGAUAUCAUCAUAAAUAUUCAAUGUUGUAAUUCCUUAAGUUAGUAGAACUGCCGAUAAGUUUUGGGGUGUCUCAUUAGUUGGGAAUUAUUCUUACUUUAUCAGUACUGACUCUGUUGUAUGAUCUGACGUGCUUCAUAACUUAAGUCGGCGGUGACCUGACCUCCCGAUGGCGCACUGCA